AGGAGGCAGAAAAAUUGAAAAGAGGAAGUAAAAAAAUUUGAAAUGUUACUGUUCAUUUUGCUAGUUUUAGCAUGUGUUUCAAUUGCAUAUGCAAUUAUUUGCCGCUUCUUCAACCCAAGACCUUUAUCGCUAAGUAACGCCCAUGUUAUGAUAACAGGAGGUAGCAGUGGUAUAGGGAGGGCAGUUGCUAUUGAGGCAGUUAAGCAAGGUGCCCAUGUUACUAUCAUUGCUAGGAAUAAGACAAAGUUAGAAGAAGCCAGAGAAGAACUCAAGAAAUACACAAUUAACAGUAAUCAGCGUGUAUCCAGUAAAUCUGUUGACAUCACAAAAGAUUAUGACUUGCUGCAGACAGCUAUAAAUCAGGCUGAGGCGGAGCUGGGUCCGGUUGAAGUUCUAGUGAAUUGUGCAGGAUAUGCAGAAGCUAGUACAUUCCAGGAUACAACCCCUGAACAAUUCCAGAAUAUGUUGAAUCUUAACUUUUUGGGAACAGUCUACACCACAAAAUGUGUCAUUAAAUCCAUGAAGGAGCAACUCAGAGGGCAGAUUGUAAUGGUCUCAUCAAUGGCAGGUCAGAUUGGGCUAUUUGGCUACACAGCCUAUGCCUCUUCCAAAUUUGCACUGAAUGGCCUGGCACAGUCUCUGCACAUGGAGAUGAAGCCAUAUAAUGUGAUGGUCAGUGUAGUUUACCCACCAGAUACUGACACACCAGGUUUAGCAGCAGAAAACAUAUCUAAGCCAGAAGAGACUAAAUUAAUAUCUGAAGCUGCAGGAGUGUACCAACCAGAACAAGUUGCUCAAACAAUUAUAGAGGGAGCUAAGAAGAGGAAGUUCAACAUAUCAUUGGGAAUAGAUGGCCUUAUGUUAACCAGUGUUAAUGCUGGAAUGUCACCUGUCACACACCUGUCAGAUGCUGUCAUACAAGUACUUUCAAUGGGAAUAUUUAGGCUGAUUGGACUAUUCUAUAUAUUUACAUUUGACAGUAUUGUGAAGAAAUGUAUGAAAAAAUAAGAUGCUAGUUUUAAGAAGAGCAGUGCCAUAUUUUUGUGGGGGUGCACAGUAAGUGCUGCUGUGGCAUACCUUCAUUAUUCUAACUGCCCAUAAAGGAACUACAUUAUGAUGCUGAGUGGAUUAUUAACUCAAAAUGACGUGAAUGAAUUAUAUGAUUGAAGCAUUAAUUUUUAUAAAGUUUACUUGAGGGAUUUUUCCUCAAAUAAUUUAUCUAACUUUGUGUUGUGAACUGUUAUUUCAUGAUAAAAUCAUUUCUUCAGCUGCAUUAAGUAAGGAAUGAUUUUAUUAGAAUUACUUUCAAAUAGUCAAACAUACAAGGCUUUCACUUUUUGUCCUGAAUCAAGGAGUGGGUGUGGCAAACUUAAGAAGGGAAGUGUAAUUUAUAUUAAAAAAUUUGUAUCUUUUUAUAUUUACAAAUAAAAUGGAAAAAG